AUGCAUGUCCUCGACCUCUCUACCCCUCGCGCUGCCUCACAUCUACAUCAUAUACCCAGUGAUGUGAUUUGCACUGCCCAAUACAUACUUUCCUCUUGGCAAGCAAUUGUAAUUGGUCCGCAAUAUGAACCAUCAGCGCUCGCUACUUCGCCGAUUCUCCCGUGGUCGUCUGAGCUCCGUUGCCUGAUCUCAUCUAAGAAGCCAUGCAGUAACAGCGACGGUGAUGCUCAGUCCAGCAGCUUACUAGAGGCACGUAAUGGAGAUAACGGAUAUGUAAAAUUCGCCGGCUUGACCCCAUGGCAACGUUUCACGCAGAAGUCAUUGACAAAUGUAAAGCGCUCACGUACCACGUUGAUCCCUUACAUCAAUGAUUGCCGUGCCUCAUCCCACUGCAUAAAGCUUCCGGAGCAACAUUUAUCAAUUGGUCACUACGACGCAAUCACAGCGCAUUGUCCUGCCCGAAGUUGCUCGUUACUUUUCUCUUCCAGUCUAUGUUUCAUCCAUACGUCCACGAGCAUGCAGCUAUCGAACCUCCUGCUACUCGUCAUUCUCCUCGCAUUACGAGCAUGGGCUCAAUCAGGACCCACCUCUUGGACAGCAUCCCCAUUUAAUCCUCCCGCUCUCCCUCUCGCUGUCCGUUCACCUUACCUCAACGUAUGGCUAACACAGGGCAACGAUCCUCCUUCACCAUUCGAUCUCGACGCCGUCCACCCCUGGGCUAUGAAUUCACCCGUAGGGUGGUAUGCAAAUGCUGUAGUAGAUGACACUGAGCAUAGACUGCUCGGUCAGUACACCGACAACAACAAUGUCCCGAACCAGACGGCCGUUGAAUUCACUGCAACGAGGACAUCAUUUCUCUUGUCGGCUGGACCUGUCCAAUUCAACAUGUCUUUUCUGAGCCCUGUAGAACCGAAUAAUUUCACACUUCAGUCGCUUCCUUUCUCGUAUUUAUAUAUAACCGCGCAGUCUACCGACGGCCAGUUGCACCGGGUCAGGAUGUACUCUGACAUUGCUGGUGACCUCAUAGCAGGUGAUCUAAGCCAAAUUGUCGAAUGGUCAUCCGAAGACACUUCCGAUUAUGUCGUCCUUAGUAUGCACCUCCAAAAUCAGGUACCAUUUGUCGAGAGCAACAUUCACCCUCAAGAUGCUACGUUAAUCAACGCGUUCAAGAAGAUUGGAAGUGGGACGACCUCAUGGGCAAUAUCCAACAUCGAUAGCACGCGUGGUGUACUUGUUAACAAUCCAUCGGGUGGAAACCUAUCCAACCAGGCUGAUCCUCCUUCGGACUUUGGACCUGCCUCAUCAGGUGACGGAGGAAAAAACUCACCAGUUCUCGGGAUAUCAAUUGACUGGGGAAACAUCAGCUCUACGCCAGAGCCCGCUGUGUGGGCUUUCGGCGUAUACCGAAAUCCAACGAUACAACGUCUAACACCAGAAGGGUCAUUUGAGAACAGGAGCCCGUAUUUUGCUUCGGAGAUUAGUGAUCCAGUCACUGCUGCAAAGGUUGUGCUAGACGACUUUCCGCGAGCAUCGUCCGCAGCACAAGCUCUUGACACGCAGAUUCGGGCAGAUGGGGAAACUUUUUCAACCGAAUACGCAGAUCUCCUCGCGUUAAGUGCGCGUCAGGCAAUGGGAUCUAUGGACAUCACAAUUCCUCCAUCGUCGGGUGGUACAUGGGAUACCUCGGAUGUAAAAAUCUUCAUGAAAAAUCUCGGGAGUGUCGGUUCUGAUAACGGGACUUUAGCGAGUGUGAAUAACGUGGAUGCACUUUAUGCUGCGUUCCCUGCUUUCCUAUAUCUUAAUCCUGAGAUAGGGAGGUGCCUUCUCGAGCCUCUCCUCGAGUUCCAGGAUUCUCCUGCCUACAAGUUGCCGUAUGCAGCACGAAAUAUUGGUUCUACAUAUCCCUUUGCGACCGCCGGUGACAUUAAUACUCCGCACAUUUAUGGCGUUGAUGAAUCUGCGAACAUGAUUAUUAUGAUUUUGGCAUACUCGUUGGCCUCAGGAAACGGUACGCUGAUCCAGAGACAUUACAACCUGAUGCGAAACUGGGCGAUCUACUUGAGUGGCAACGCGAUUACUCCUUUCAAUCAAUCAUCUGGAGACUUCAGUGCAAAUACCGAUUUCACAAGUCCCAAUCAAACAGAUCUUGCAUUGAAAGGAAUUAUCGGGAUUGCAGCAAUGGCCCGAGUCGCUGAACUAGCUGGUUUAGUGAGCGACCAACAGAACUUAAGCGCGACGGCGAGUUCCGCCUUGCAAUUGUGGCAAGACCAGGCUGUCUCUGCGUCACACGUCAACUUCUUUUAUGGGAACUCUAGCUCAAGUGGAAUGAUGUACGACCUAUAUGCUGACAGGCUACUGCGCCUCAAUUUGGUCCCAGACUCAGUAUAUACGCUGUUAACUGGAUUCUAUCAGAACGAAGCUGGUUCCCUAAAAUACGGGAUACCGUUGAGCAACUCACCAGGUCAAAACACGACAACAAACUCGAUGAUGUUUACCGCAGCAACGGCGAAUAGUAAUGCAACUCGGGAUCUCCUAGUUUCUCAGAUACACGCCUACGCAUCAAAUAACCUUAAUAGUGUACCUUUUACAUCGAUGUAUGACCCUGUUUCGGGUCUCGGUGGGCCGGGAACAAGUACGGGUAUAGCUAGCCCUGCUCAGGGCGGAAUAUUUGCAUUGCUUGCUCUGAAUACGACAUCAAAAUCAGUGAGCGUACCAUUCAUCGAGCAGUCCUCGAACGGAUCAUCCGGCUCGAGUAAACCGAAAGCCGGUCUUAUCGCAGGACUAGUCGUAGCAUGCGUAGCUAUUGUUGCCUUCCUAUCCCUCGGACUAUAUUUCUUCUGGCGCAAGCGUCGAGCACGGCGAAACGCAAAUCGUAGUCCAACGACAAGCAAAAUCGAACCAGCUGGGUUCGUUCAACCCUUUCCUUUAUCGCCAACGUCGCCGGAUGACACCUCGUUCCAUGAUACUGAGUUUCAGCGUGAGGAAGGGACAAGAACAUACGAAAAGUUCCAGUCAACUAUCCUGGAUACAACUGGACCGUGUACACAAAGUUCGACGGUGCCUAGCUCGCAGGCGGCAGCCACAGAGCGUUCACCAGUGGUCGAAGCACUCCGCUCGGAAUUUAAUUCUCUCAGACAAACAGUGGAGCGGAUUGUGCAGGAGCGACGUGCGGCAGAUGAGCCUCCGCCUAUUUAUUCAGACUCAGCCGUGUCGUGGCAUUCAUAG